AUGCAAACUCGACGGAAAAGCCUMAAUUUGGGCGACCUGGGGAUAGUCGCUGCAAAGCGAAGCAGGACAACGUCAACGUCGCAUCCGUCGCCGCCAUCGACGGUACCGGAAAUCGACGAGCCUCACACCAAGAGAGCGAAGCUUUCGCCACCGUCAGGACGCAUGAGUCCUCCGCGGACGACCGUGAUCAGAAUCAAGGACGAAAAGCCAAAGAGUCUCGCCGAGAUGUCGCCUCCACCGUCGCCAGUUGCUGAGUGCGCCAACAAGAUCGAUACGGAAGGGAUCAACGAUGACAUCGUUAUUGGAACCAUACAACAAUUAGAGAGGACGGGGAAUAGACCGCACUUGGUGAAAGAGCUGGCAGCUGUGCUUGCGACCAAGCUGCACAUUGUUGAAAAAUCUGCCAACCCAUCCGCAUUGAUAUCAUCGAGACUGACCGCUUAUCUGCAACGAGCAUGGCCUGCCGUCAGUCCAUGUCCUCUUGCCAAGGAGUUGUCACCUGUGCACCCUCGUAGGCUAUAUCUGUACUUAACUACUGGACCACACCAGCCGAUCCCAGAGGUGGUGGAACCAGUGCAAAAACCGACGCGCAUUAUCUCGCCAUCUCUAUCAUCGGCCUCUGCCGCAGAUGAAGAAGAUCGUUUCGCGAGAGAUCGGCACGCAAUGUCACCAUCGCCCGAAGUGGAUUUGUCGUCGCCUGAGUAUGACGAAGAUCGUGGGAACUCUCCUCCCACACCAGGAGGCUCUUUCGCGCAGCGGGGCUCAGUGCCGCGAGACGCAUCGAGCUACACCGCUCGAAGGGCUGCAAGUCCUCCACUGGAAAAUGAGGAGCGUGAUUUCAAACAAACGGCGAGCGCUUUGUACGAACAGGCAUUGGCCAGGCGCAACAGCCAGGAAAGCCAAAAGGAUGUUAACAUGGAGCAAGGUGAUGCGGUUGCUGGCGCAGAGCAACGGAAUGAUAGUGUGAGCAUUUCAAUAGAGCCCGACGAGACGGAAGAAUGUGCCGCCCUGAAGAAUCGCGAAGCUGCUGCAGCGUUGUUCGAAUCCGAGCACCUUCAAAUGCCAAUCGAUCAGACAAUGGACUUCAGCAGUCCAAUGCUGCUUGCUCAAAACGAUACCCGCGGCGAAUCGGCCGCAACGACUGAUCAUCACGACUCAAACAUGGAUCACAUGGCACUGGACCAAAGUGAGAAAGACACCUCUAUGCAACUCCCGGAUCCAGCCUUUGCAUGGGACAGCUUAAAAAGCCCGGAGAACAUCGAGAUUGCGGAGCUUGAGGACAUGUUCGAUGAAUACUAA